ACAAUGUACACUCCUCCAUCUGCUAAUCAUGCUGUGACUUGAAAACCCGGCUUGAAAUGCCUGGCGGCUAAAAAAUUUGGGCGUCACGUCGACCAGUGCGAAACUCGGAAUUGCUGUUCUAUUUUCUUGACGUUCAACGAUAUAUAAAGACACACCAUGGCGACUUCGCAGCUAUUACCUUUAGAACUUAUCGAUAAAUGCAUCGGAUCGCAAAUCUGGGUGAUCAUGAAAAACGAAAAGGAAUUCACUGGCAAAUUAUUGGGCUUCGAUGACUUUGUCAACAUGGUGUUGGAAGACGUAACAGAAUAUGAAAAGACCACGGAAGGAUACAAGACACAACGAUUGGACCAAAUCUUGUUGAAUGGCAACAAUAUUUGUACACUGAUACCGGGAGGCACUGGACCCGUUUAGAAUCUUAUUCUUCACGCGCACUAUUCUUUUUGCAUCUUUUCUUUCCUACCAAGCUGUCACUUGUUUAUCCUUCUAUCCUUUCCUGCAGAUAGGUUCAGCGUUAUUAAAUGAUAAUGUCAAUUGACCUACGUGCAUCACAUUCUGUGGUUGACCGAUCACGAUUCUUGUGCAGCAGUGGCAGUCAGAGGUGGACAUUUUGCAAGGAUGA